GGAGAACAGAUAUAGUGUAAUGGCAGGGUCCGGGGGGGAGACCAGAUAUAGUAGGACAUGCAUGGCGCUCUGGAUGAGAACCGGAUAUAUAGUAAAUGGAGGGUCUCAUGGGUGGAGAACGAGAUAUAGUGAGAUGCAGAGCCGAGGUAGGAGAUACAGGAUAUAUGUAGAAAUGCAGGGGUCCGGGGGUGAGAAACAGAUAUAGUGAGAUAUGCAGCGGCCCUGGGAGAAUGGAUAUAGUGAUAUGCGGGGUCAGGGGAGAAAACCGUAUAGUGAAUGCUGGGUCGGGAGACCAGAUAUAGUGAAUGCAGGUCCUGGGCGACCGGAAUGAAUGCAGGGGUACUGGGAAUACUGGAUAUAGUGAAUGCCGGUCGGGGUGGAACCAGAUAUGUGAAUGCA